GCAGUUGGCGCAGGGGGCGCCGUUGGCGUAUCCCGGAAGCGGGCGGGGGGAUGAGUGUGCUGUUCUGAGGGAGGCGGCGGCCAUGAGCUACGACCGGGCCAUCACCGUCUUCUCCCCGGACGGGCACCUCUUCCAGGUGGAGUACGCCCAGGAGGCGGUGAAGAAGGGCUCCACGGCGGUUGGAGUCAGAGGGAAGGAUAUUGUUGUUCUUGGAGUGGAAAAGAAGUCUGUGGCAAAACUUCAGGAUGAAAGGACUGUGCGGAAGAUCUGUGCUCUCGAUGACAACGUCUGCAUGGCUUUUGCAGGGCUCACAGCUGAUGCCAGGAUAGUUAUAAAUAGAGCUCGCGUGGAGUGUCAGAGCCACCGGCUGACCGUGGAGGAUCCUGUCACCGUGGAGUACAUCACACGCUACAUCGCCAGCCUGAAGCAGAGGUACACUCAGAGCAACGGUCGCAGACCUUUUGGUAUUUCUGCUCUGAUUGUGGGAUUUGACUUUGAUGGAACCCCCCGGCUGUACCAGACCGAUCCCUCUGGCACAUACCAUGCUUGGAAGGCUAAUGCCAUUGGCAGAGGAGCUAAAUCUGUACGUGAAUUCCUGGAGAAAAACUACACUGAUGAAGCCAUUGAAACAGAUGAUCUAACUAUUAAACUCGUUAUCAAGGCUCUUCUCGAGGUUGUGCAGUCCGGUGGGAAGAACAUCGAGCUGGCUGUUAUGAGACGAGAUCAGCCGCUGAAGAUUCUAAGCCCCGAAGAAAUUGAGAAGUAUGUUGCUGAAAUUGAAAAAGAAAAGGAAGAAAAUGAAAAGAAAAAACAGAAGAAAACAUCAUGAUGAACAAAACUCAACUGCUUAGCUGCUUUUUAAUUCAAGCAAUGGGUUACUCUGUAUAGACACGGUGUAGGCAUUCCAUUAUUGAUACUGUGCCCCUCUUGAGACCUACAAUAAACCUACUGAUUUUUUUUAAGCUCUUAUUUUAAAAAAAUCCGUCUGUUCCUUAUAUUAAUUACCAAGAAUCAAUUGGCUACAAAACAGCAGUAGCCAUCCAUUAAAGGAGGAACUUUGUUUGCAGUUGUUUUCUUCUAACACCUCACUUAAUGUGAGAGUCAUUGAACAGGCUCAGUUCUUUUUUUUUAGUGGUUGUCUCAAGCGUGCACUGGCCUUAAGAGACCACAGCUACUAGUACAGAACUGUGUUUCCCCCCAGCAUCUUCACAUUUAGAGGGUUUGAGCCCAGACAUGAAGCUUCUGAACAAGUAGUGCUAGGUGCUUGACUUACACUACAAAGACUCCAAGGUGCAGUGUUUUGAGGAAACCAGCAUGAGCGCUGACUUUUCUGAAAGCAUGUCAUAACAGAGGAGUGCAUGACUUGCUACUUGCAUAGACUUUGCAUGAUUCAUCGGGUUUAGAAUAAAGUGUUGGUGUUGUGAUUGCCCACUAGGGGAUUUGUAGACCAGUAGCUUCCUAAUGCUAAAAAUAACUUCAGAAAUGUUACAUGCAACAGUUGAAUGAUAAAGCUCUACUCCAGUUUAUUCUUUUGUAUUUACCCUCAUCCUGCUUCUUCCACAUGCCUUACCCCCCAGGACAGGUGUUGCUCUCUCUGGUCUAGCCUCAUCACAAUUUAAGCAGCUUUCUCUGCCAUUUCUCUUCCUCUCAGCAGAGGCAGAUCAAUCACUCUCCUGUAAGCGAUAACACAGGCCUAGCUCUGCACUGCUGGGCACCAAAAUCACACUGCACUUGAGACAGGAUCUGCUCUGGACACUCUCUAUUCUAUUCACUGACUAGUAAACAGUGUGUAUAUAACAGCAGUGUGUAUAAUGAUACCUUUAAAAGUGGCAGGUAACACAAGAAGAGCCUGAAGGGGAGAUGAGUGAAUACCCACCUAGGAAAGUUUAGUUGGAUAGCUAUCUGCGUUGUAGCACCUCCAACAUCCUCAGUUCUGGCCUUUGAAAAGCCCUUUCUAGUUGACUCACCUGCUUUCACCAUCCCUGCUCUGUAAGGAAGCUGAUCCCAACAGGUCGAGCUCAGCCCUGUUGAUUAGUCUAAGGCUUUGUGCAACACACAGAAAACAAAAAAGGGGCAGGGGGUGGAGCUGGAGUCUUGCUUUAGCCCAGUUAAGGCUUUUCCUGGUAAGGGUUUUAUCCUGUGGUGCUUAGACCAGGUGGGGUUCUGGGUGUGUGCUGCUCUGAACCAGGAGGUGGCUGUACAAGAGGGGGUCUCCCAUCCUUUAUGCUGCACAGGGGGCAUCACUGACCCUGGCCCCUUUUUCCUGUCUCCACAUUAAAAGUUGUAAGUUUUUUUUCUGCAGCACUGUUUGUCUUUUCCUACAGCCCUGAAGUUGUGCACAAUAAAAGGCUUUGCCCAU